AAAAGAGAAGAUGAAGAAGAUGCGAUGCAACCUCUGUAAUACUAACAUUUUGGGUUAUGCUAUGAAAUCCAAAUAUCAGAUUUUUAAAUAAAUAAUUAAUAAAAGCAUGGAUGAAUGAAUGUUUGGAUACAGUGUAAUAUCGUAAUAGGUCAAUAUGAGGAUAAAUAAGAAUACCACAAUUACUGGUAAAAACGUCAUCUUAGUUCCUUAUAGGAAAGAGCAUGUUGAAAAAUACCACGAAUGGAUGAAAUCAGAAGAACUGCAACAGUUGACUGGUUCCGAACCACUUUCCCUUCAAGAAGAAUACGCAAUGCAAAAAUCAUGGCUUAUGGAUGAAAAUAAAUGCACGUUCAUAGUUCUUAGUAAGCUUAAAUAUGAAGAGACAAAAGAUGAAAUAGCUUCAAUGGUGGGAGACACGAACCUUUUUUUUGCCAACUGUGAUGAUCGACUUUGUGCAGAAGUGGAAAUUAUGAUUGCGGAAGAGUGGGCCAGGGGACAGAAGUGUGGUUGGGAAGCCACUUCGCUCAUGCUCAUGUAUGGGAUCACCUACCUGGGAGUGAAACAAUUCAUCGUCAAGAUUUCCUACGUCAACGAGAUCAGUAUCAGGAUGUUCGAAAAGUUGGGAUUCGUAGAAGUCAGCAGGAGCCAUGUUUUUCAGGAAGUCACUAUGGUGAAGAUAGUCGAUGGCGGAUGGAUUGAUUGGCUGAGGCAAAAUUUAGGGGUUUGGAAGGUGUCUGAGGGAAGUGAAUGAAAGAUUUAAAACUAAUGUAUGUGACAAUAAGCAUAAUUGUCAAUAAAAAUAUAAAAAUAAUUG